AUGCCUGGGGUACCCUCCAAUAAAGCUUGCGAGCGUUGCAAGAAAAGACAUAUCAAGUGUGAUGAGACCCGACCCCACUGCCAGCGAUGCACAACUGCUGGAGUGGAGUGUCCGGGAUAUGUUCAAACACGCAAGUUUAUUGAUCAAGGCGCAACAGUAAGGCGCCGAUAUGCUCCAUAUCAGGAUUCUCAAUCCAAGUUCAGCUCCGAGCUUCAAUCUCACAGGGUCCCCGCAGAGCCUAGCUUGGACUUGAUUCAUCAAAAUCAGUCGCAAGCAACCAAUGAACAACUCCAUUUCAACUCUCAACAAGAGAAUAAUGCUCCUCCUCCUCUUCAUCAUCAACUGGGAGAAACUAGUCUAGAUUCGAACGAGGGCCCGAUGAACAUAGAGAUGACUGGUCCUUCAAACAGCCGAUCCGACAAUCACCGAGGGACAGCCCGGCAAGAGCCUAUAAAUGUUUCUGAAAAUCCCGCCGUUUUAGUUUCUACCACCUCUUUUGGGGUCAACCGAAACACUGGAUUUGCAAAAACGAACCAAAGCCCAGUUUCACCAACAUCUGGCACGAGGGGGCUGUCCUCUUUUGAGUCGGCUUACCUCGGACUACCCAAUGACACGUCAGAUAUUCAAAUGGGGAUAUCCUCUCAGAACUCAUCAUCACAUAGAAGUGAGAAAGAGGAGUUCCAGGAUAUAUUUUCGGAACUUCUGACAGGGACUGAACAUGAAAUCGCCUUCCUCGUCCGUCAUUAUUCUGAGGUCUUGGGUCCCUGGUUGGACUUGACAGAUGCUCAAAAGUGGUUCACAGUCUAUGUUCCCAUACGUGCCAUCAACAAUCUAUCCGUGAAGUAUGCUAUUUCCGCGCUAUCUGCCAAGCACUUAGCUCGUAUCAAGGGUAUCAAGUCUCCCAUUGGGGGGAUGUAUACAAGUCCUGCCACAACCGAAGUCUAUCCAAAUGGAACCCAGGUUGAUUGGUAUCUCAAGGCUGCCAAUUACUACUAUCUUGCGGCAUCUGAUCUAAAUAACAUCACUUCGGAUGGUUAUACUACUGUUUCUAGCUCUGCUGUCUUGGAAUCGCCGUUUGAGACCGUUGGUCGGUGGUUAAACUCGCAUCAGACUCAGUCAAAUUUGAAACCAGCCAGUGAUGAUCCAAAUGACGUGUCGCUUGUUCGAAAAACAGAAGAGCUGCUGGCCACUGCCAUAAUUUUGACCAUGUACCGUCUUCUGGAUGCGGACGGUGAUGAUUGGCAUAAACAACUUUCCGGAAUUCGUCCUAUGUUCCAAUCCCUUCUUGAUCUUCAUUCAAAAACAUCCACCUUGUUCUCCCACGGAAUCCGGGCUGCAUUUUGGAACUUUGCCCGCCAGGACUACCUCGGUUCUUACUUUACCCGAUCACAUACACACUUCGAUCCAGAAAACCAUCUCCUCUGGUGCACGGCCGGGAUAUCAAUCAAGGAGGACAAUGAACUUACCGCCACCCCGAACGGAUUGCCUUUUUCCACACAGGAAGACCAGGCAGGAAACGGCCUAAUUUGGCUUGUAUCCAAAGUAAUCAAUUUUCUCGCCAGAUCGAAGGAAACGCAAAUCGCACAGUGGACGGGCUCUCCUCCGGAAAACUCACCUGGACCUCAAGGCUCAUCAAGCGCCGGCCAAUCACCGUACCCCGAUACAAGCACCUGGCUCAAGCUUUCUUUUCAAUUUCAAACGUGGUUUGAUAGUGUCCCUGAGACUUUCCGUCCCUCUGUGAGAAUCGAGCAUCCGAAAGACUUAUCCAGACCCGAAGGGAGCCAGCUUCCUUUCCCUGAAAUUUUCCACGGCUCAACUACUUGCGCUGCCACUGUCCAGCAUUACCACUUCGGGCGAAUCGCAUUGCUUCUCAACCGGCCAGCUGAUAUCAUGAGUGCGCCAUCCACAGCCUUCGAUCGUUUACAGGGAUAUAGGGAGGUCACUAAAGAAGUGGAAUUCCGCUCGCGCGAGGUUUGUGGUAUUGCCUUGGGCCGUCCGCACGGCGGAGUGCGAAUAUUUAUGAUACCACUUCUUUGCGCCGUUGGACAGUGCCUAGAAGGUCGUGACGAACAUCAGAUUAUCAUUGAUUUAUUGCGCGGCGUGGAGGCUGAUUUGGGUUGGGCUACUGAGUAUGCUGUUCAGAAACUGCAGACCUCUUGGAAUCAAUGA